AUGUCUCCGAACAACACAGUCCAGGACUCUGUGCAGAACGCGUCAAUAUCCGACCCGGAACGGUUCUGGGACCAGCAUGCGAAAGAGCUGUACUGGCAUAAACCAUACAGUGCCGUUCUGCGCCAACAGCCCAAGAAACUGAAGGAUGGGACCACACAUUCACACUGGUCAUGGUUCCCAGAUGGCGAAAUUAGCACCACGUACAAUUGCAUCGACCGCCAUGUCAAAGCCGGCAAUGGCGACAAGAUCGCCAUGAUCUGGGAUAGUCCCGUGAGCGGGUCGAAAGAGAAGUACACAUACAGUCAGAUGUUGGACGAGGUGGAGGUUCUGGCCGGUGUCCUUAGAGAAGAAGGUGUCAAGAAGGGAGAUGUUGUGCUGGUUUACAUGCCCAUGAUACCAUCUGCCAUCUUUGGAAUGCUCGCAGCCGUCCGCCUAGGUGCUAUGCAUGCAGUAGUCUUUGGAGGAUUUGCCGCGGCUAGUCUGGCUCAGAGGAUCGAAGCUGCAAAGCCCAAAGUCAUCUUGACUGCCAGCUGUGCCAUUGAAGGAGCAAAGGGGCCUCUGGAGUACAGGCCGUUUGUCGAAGGCGCGAUCGAGCAAAGCAGUUGGAAGCCGAGCAAAACCAUCAUCUGGGAGCGAGAAAUCAGGAGAUGGGACCCUGUGAGGAAAGACGCAGGGCAGAGGAACUGGCAGCGUCUCGUCAAAAGCGCCCGGAACAGAGGUAUCAGGGCCGAGGCCGUUCCAGUCAAAAGCACAGAUGGCCUGUACAUCAUCUAUACCAGCGGCACAACCGGUCUGCCUAAGGGCGUCCUCCGCGAAGCAGGCGGUCAUGCCGUGGGUCUCAAUUUCAGCAUCAAAUACCUCUUUGACGUCAAGGGACCUGGCGACAUCAUCUUCACCGGCAGCGAUAUCGGGUGGGUGGUCGGACAUUCCUAUAUCGUCUACGCGCCUCUCCUGGCAGGAGCAACCACCAUCCUCUACGAAGGGAAACCCAUUGGCACACCUGACGCCGGCGCAUUUUGGCGGCUGGUCGACGAACAUAAGGUCACAACGCUGUUCACCGCCCCGACCGCGCUCAGAGCCAUCCGAAAAGAAGAUCCCGAAGACAAACUCUUCAAGCAAUACGGCGAGAAGGGUCGGUUAAGGCAUUGGCGGGCACUGUUUCUUGCCGGCGAGAGAUCAGAACCGGCCAUUAUCACCCAUUAUCAACAGUUGCUGAGCAAAUACGCCGCUCCGGAUGCGAGAGUGAUUGACCAUUGGUGGUCCAGCGAGAGUGGUAGUCCCAUGACCGGCCUCGCCUUACGCCCUGCUAUUGGGCACGAUCACUACAGUCGCGAGGAGCACAAGGCACUGGCCAUCAAGCCUGGCAGUGCAGGCAAACCGAUGCCUGGAUUCGAUGUGCGCAUCGUCGACGAUGAGGGAAACGAAGUCGAACAAGGCAAGAUGGGAAAUAUUGUGCUCGCCAUGCCAUUGGCUCCCACCGGAUUUACUACGCUAUUCAAUGACGAUGACAGGUUCUACAAGGGCUAUUUGAGACGAUUUAAUGGCAAGUGGGUGGACACCGGAGACGCCGGAAUGAUCGAUCAGGAUGGGUAUCUGCAUGUCAUGUCGAGAAGCGACGAUAUCAUCAAUGUUGCCGCGCAUCGCUUCAGCACCGGCGCUAUCGAACAGGCCAUCACAUCCCACCCCUCAGUCGCCGAAGCUUGCGUCGUGGGCGUUCCCGAUCCCAUGAAGGGCCACUUACCGUUCGCUUUUGUCAUCCCUUCCGCCGCCACCGACUCCGACCUUCCCGCCACGCCCUCCAAGGAGUUCUUUACUGGUAUCAACAAUCUCGUACGAAAUCAAAUCGGCGCCAUUGCCUCGUUGGGUGGUAUCAUCCAGGGUAAAGGGAUGAUUCCCAAGACGAGGAGCGGAAAGACUUUACGGCGUGUAUUGAGAGAAUUGGUGGAGAAUGCCGCCCAGGGACAAUACGACAAGGAGGUCAACAUUCCUGCGACGGUGGAGGACAAGGAGGUUGUCGAGGUGGCGAGGCAAAAGGUGAAAGAAUGGUUUGAGGAGAGGAAGAAACAACAGGGUACGACCAAGGCAAAGUUAUAG